AAAAAAAAACCACAACAGUUAAAGACAAAUCUCUCUCUCUCUCCUCUAUUUUCUCCUGAAUCUAUCUCUCUCUUACGCCAUGGUCUCAUCUGCGCCACUAAUUCUCGCUGCCACAGAUCGGUGACUGUCGUCCGGUGCUGGGUUUUGAUUCGAUCGGUUAAUGAUUUGUUUAUCAAGGUAGAACAGUGAGUGGGACAUUUGUUUAACUAAUGGCUUCAGUGGGUGUUGCACCUACUUCUGGUUUGAGGGAAUCUGUUGGCCAUACUGUUGGUGUUGAUAGGUUGCCUGAGGAGAUGAAUGACAUGAAAAUUAGGGAUGAUAAGGAAGUGGAGGCCACAGUUGUUGAUGGAAAUGGGACAGAGACAGGUCAUAUAAUAGUGACAACUAUCGGUGGUCGAAAUGGCCAGCCGAAGCAGACAAUUAGCUACAUGGCUGAGCGUGUUGUUGGACAUGGAUCAUUUGGAGUUGUGUUCCAGGCAAAGUGCUUGGAGACAGGUGAAACUGUGGCCAUAAAAAAGGUUCUUCAAGACAAGAGAUAUAAGAAUAGAGAGUUGCAAACCAUGCGUCUUCUUGACCAUCCAAAUGUCGUGUCCUUGAAGCAUUGUUUCUUUUCUACAACUGAGAAGGAUGAACUUUAUCUCAAUUUGGUACUAGAGUAUGUUCCUGAAACCGUUCAUCGUGUAAUCAAGCACUUCAAUAAGUUGAACCAACGGAUGCCGCUGAUAUAUGUGAAGCUGUAUGCAUAUCAGAUCUUCAGGGCUUUGUCUUACAUUCAUCGCACUAUUGGAGUUUGUCACCGGGACAUUAAGCCUCAAAAUCUUUUGGUGAAUCCUCAUACCCACCAACUUAAACUAUGUGAUUUUGGAAGUGCUAAAGUUUUGGUAAAAGGAGAGCCCAAUAUUUCUUACAUCUGCUCUAGGUAUUAUCGAGCACCUGAGUUAAUAUUUGGAGCAACAGAGUAUACUACAGCUAUUGACGUCUGGUCUGCUGGUUGUGUUCUUGCGGAGCUUCUUCUUGGACAGCCUUUGUUUCCUGGUGAGAGUGGUGUUGACCAGCUUGUUGAGAUUAUCAAGGUUUUGGGUACUCCUACAAGAGAAGAAAUUAAAUGCAUGAAUCCUAACUAUACCGAGUUUAAAUUCCCUCAAAUCAAAGCUCAUCCGUGGCACAAGAUAUUCCAUAAACGCAUGCCUCCAGAAGCUGUUGAUCUGGUUUCAAGACUGCUGCAAUACUCUCCCAACCUACGCUGUGCAGCCUUGGAUGCCUUGAUCCACCCCUUCUUCGAUGAGCUACGUGAUUCGAACACUCGCCUACCAAAUGGACGUUUUCUUCCCCCGAUAUUUAACUUUAAGCCGCAUGAGUUGAAGGGGGUGCCGGCAGAGAUCUUGGUGAAAUUGAUUCCAGAGCAUGCUCGGAAGCAGUGCUCCUUCCUAGGGUUGUAAUAUGAUGAAGAAUGUGACAAACGAGAAGCUAUUUUUCUUCCCUCGAUUUAUGUUUAAGCUCAUUUGUUGUUGCUGUUUUUUCUUUUUUUUUGGGUAUUUUUUUUUGUGUUACCUUGUUUGUAAAAGCAGAUUAGGAUAUGCUAAACCAUGCCCAAACCUCAAUCUGUAUUGCCAAAAGAUUUUUAACAUUACAUGGAUAAGGAUGAGCAUUUAUUGUAACGAUCUAUUUGAUAUUGAGAUUUCAAUUGUAGUUUAAGAGAGUUCAGCAGAUGAAUUGAGGCCUGAUUGCUUUCA